CAACAAUAAUAAACGAUGUUUGCAUUGUGGUAUCUGACGUUCGCCGUUGACGAAAUACGCAAACGUUUGGCCUGGCUUUUUAGUUCCAAUAAGCCAGCCGCCCAGAAGGCGUUAGACAAUAAGCCAGCAGUACCUGCAACACCUGCACCUGCAGCAACACCCGCUCCAGCACCGACUGUUAAGCCUGCUCCGGCAGCAGCUCCUGCGAAACCCAGUUCACCUGCGCCCUCACCCAAACCAGUAGCCGCGCCUGUUGCGGAACCACCAAAGCCAGUUACUCCUCCGAAACCAGCUGUUGUCCAGCCAGCGCCUACACCAGCUCCCGCUCCAGCUCCUGCUCCUGUAGCUCCUACAGUUGUACCUAAACCAACACCAGCAGCGCCCAGUUCACCUGCCGCUCCAAGCACACCUACUGCACCCAGCACUCCACCUAAGCCCGCAGAUUCUGCCAAGAUGCCGAUUCCUUUGCCGAAAUCCUUGACCGAGGCCAAUACCAAUGGCAAUGACAACUCAACGAAUGGCAAUGCCGCCCUAAACGAUAUCAGCUUGGACAAGAAGCUCUUCGAUGCAAAGCUGCCGGCCAGCAAAGCUCCGAAAGUGGACCAAGAACAGCUUAAGGAUGCCAGCAAGGACUUCAUUCAAGGCGAGGCGAAUGCCUUUGUGCAGUCCAUCAAGGAGGCACAGCAAGCGGGCUAUCGCAAACAAGACACCAUGGUUGACGCUGCUGUUCUCGCUAAACUGGAGGAGGGUUAUGCCAAGUUGGCUGCCUCUGACUCGAAGUCGCUGUUGAAGAAAUACCUGACCAAGGAGGUCUUCGACAACCUGAAGAACAAGGUGACACCGACCUUCAAGUCGACCCUUCUGGAUGUGAUCCAGUCCGGUUUGGAGAACCACGACUCUGGCGUUGGCAUCUAUGCCCCCGAUGCUGAGGCCUACACAGUGUUCGCCGAUCUGUUCGAUCCCAUCAUUGAGGACUACCAUGGUGGCUUCAAGAAGACCGACAAGCAUCCCGCAUCGGACUUCGGCGAUGUGAACAGCUUCGGCAAUGUCGAUCCCACCAACGAGUAUGUGAUCUCGACUCGUGUCCGUUGCGGUCGCUCGAUGCAGGGCUAUCCCUUCAACCCCUGCUUGACCGAGGCCCAGUACAAGGAGAUGGAAGAGAAGGUCAGCAGCACUCUGUCCAGCUUGGAGGGUGAGCUGAAGGGCAAGUUCUAUCCAUUGACUGGCAUGGAGAAGGCCGUCCAGCAGCAGCUGAUCGACGAUCACUUCCUGUUCAAGGAGGGCGAUCGUUUCCUCCAGGCUGCCAAUGCCUGCCGCUUCUGGCCCACGGGUCGUGGCAUCUACCACAACGACAACAAGCGAUUCCUGGUCUGGUGCAAUGAGGAGGAUCAUUUGCGCAUCAUCUCAAUGCAGCAGGGUGGCGAUCUGGGCGAGAUCUACCGUCGUCUGGUGACCGCCGUCAAUGAGAUCGAGAAGCGCAUCCCAUUCAGCCACGAUGAUCGUCUUGGCUUCUUGACCUUCUGCCCCACCAACUUGGGUACCACCAUCCGUGCCUCCGUGCACAUCAAGGUGCCCAAGCUGGCCUCCAACAAGGCCAAGCUCGAGGAAGUCGCUGCCAAAUACAAUCUCCAGGUGCGCGGCACUCGCGGUGAGCACACCGAAGCCGAGGGCGGUGUCUAUGACAUCUCCAACAAGCGUCGCAUGGGUCUCACCGAAUACCAGGCCGUCAAGGAGAUGUACGAUGGCAUCACCGAGCUGAUCAAGCUCGAGAAGAGCUUGUAAGCAGCUAACUCUCUAAUCCCAUAAAAAAUAAACAAACAAAAACCAAUUGAACUCCAUUUGGGGAGGGGUCAAACUUUCCCCGCUCUAACAUCUGCAUGGAGUUCAUUUGUUGUUUAUUUGCCGGCUGGAGUGUGCUUUCCAUUAUUGGAAAGUGACAUUGCCAGCUGCUGCGUUUGCUUUAGUUUUGUCGUAGAAUUUGCGUAGGGUAUUUGUGUAACGGGUAUGCCCGAUCGUUCGUUUGCCUGCGGCACUCGGCAUUUCGUUCGUCUACUUUGAGCGUCGCGGCCAUAAACGGCCGUGGCAUGCCCGCCCAACCACCAACCACAAUCAACAACAACAACAACAACACC